AUGGCUGACCGCAUAGGAGAAUCUGAAGAUAACACCACUCCACAGUCUUCCUCUUCUUCCAAACCGUAUUUGUACUUCUCAAUAGAAAAUAUAUUGAGCAAUGAGACGUUUGGGUCUCAAAAGAAAACCCGAAAGGAGUCCCCACAGAAGAAUGGAAGUCCCACAAUGGAGAAUAUAGGAAAGUCCUCGAUGCAAACGUUAUUCAUGCGUCUGCCUUGGCUCGCCUAUACCCGGUACUGUCCCCCGAAGAUUCCACGUAAGUAACCGUUUUAUUUUUUCAAGCGGAUGAACAUUUUUCUUCCUUUUUUCCUUCUCUAUUUUUUCAGUCUUUUGUUCUUUUCAGUUGUUGUGCACAUAUGCACUUAUGAGACUGUAAGGGAAGUAAAUGUUUUUUUUAUAUAUGUAAUCCGCGUCUUCGUAUCCUGCACUCUUAAGUUAAUCAAAGGGGUUCCCUACUCGAAGAACUCAUGGUUUGUUUAAAGUAUGUAGAUAUGACUAGCUUUUUGCCAGUAAACUCUUUUGUACACGUGGAUACAUUCACACACCAUAUCCUUCAGGUUCGAUAACCUUUGAGCGUAAUCGCUUCUGUAAUCCCUCAAGGCGCUUACGCGUACCAGCAAAUCUACUUGCAAACAUGAGCAAAAAACUUUUUCUUUGUCAAACAUGCCUAUUAUUUUGAUAGCUUUCUGCAGUAGGCCAUAUUAGUUACAUCCAUUUUUUUUGGUUUCCCUUAAUGUAUCUUAGUUCUAAUACGUUUGUUUAGCUCCUUUUUCGUUUAGGUAAAACUGACUAACAUCAGAGGUUUUUUUCUUCACAAACCGCAACUCAUUAGCAGAAGACAACAAAAUAGGGCAUGUUGACCUUUUUUUCCUCGGCUGAAUUGAUAAAUAGUGCUAACUCUUGAUUCUGUAGACAAAAACCAUUGGUGUCACCAUUAAAGUGAAACCUUUUUGACAGUACUUUUGCAUGGCAACAUUUGUUUUACAGUAUUUUGAAAAAUAAAUUGAACAUUUUUCUUUAACUGUUUUGUGGGGCACUCUAUGGAGCAAAGCGUGCACCUUCAGUCAAGGACUCGGGUUCGUUGGAUAGCGAAAUGUUCAACAGUUUACAAAUGACUGUUGUGGCCAUGAAAACACUUUCUUGAAAAUAACGAGGUCUUUUGUUCUAGCACGACCGAAAAAGUCCCGAAUUUCUUUAGCUAAGUUCUUCUGGUGUUGGGGAUAUAAUUGCAGAGAAAAUAGAUGUACAUGUCACAAGAUCGGGUUCUCUUUUCGGAGAAAUAUGUCUUAGGAAUCGUCCAAACGAAUUACCGAUGUAAUGUAUACUAGUAUGAACCUGGGGGGUGGACGACACUAGUUCCCCACUUACCAAUAACUGGUUAUAAAAGCACAAAAAUUGGCUUACCUUGUAAGUGGGAACCGCGAUUUGUGAUUAUCAAACAGUCAAAUUCGCAUUUGUAUUAAGUAUGCAAUAUAUUUUAACGAGAUUAUUCGCGGUGAAAUUAGCCACCAAUUAUAAUCGCCUUUUUUACUGCAAUAUGUACGAAACCCAUAAAACAUAAAUCAUAGUAGCCUUUUCACUCCUAUAGGGAAAACAAAUCAAUUUUUUUCUGUAAAAUCCUUAGCGAUGAAUAGCACUAUACAAAAGUUCUGUUAAAGAGGUUUUAUUUAAAUGAUAACACCAUAGGAUUUCGUCCACAGAUGUAAAAGUUGGAGAAGCAAAUAACCGCUUUGAGCCAAGCAGUGAAAGGUUUAAGAAAACCUGUCUAGGAUGUUUUGCAAAGAGGAGUGUCUCCCUUUGUCAGAAGUGAUUCGGUACUUCAUUUUUGUUUUUCUGUUCGUUGAAGGAGUGCCUUUAUGAUUUCCUGUCUCCAACAAAACCCUCUAUUGAAAUGGUCUCAAGCCCUUAAUCCUUUUUAUUGCUUUUUAUUAUCGGCAAACUGUGUCUAAGAGGUAAUUUUUGUUUAGGCUAAUUUUGUCCAAAGUCCUCUCGCCAUUCAGUUGGGAAAAGUGACAACUGAAGGGUGUAUACUGAAAAUCUGUUUUUGUACAUCUAUACGCCUUUUAUAACUAAUCCACAGUCCAAAGUUCACCCGCUCCAAGUUCCCCAUUGAGGCUAACUUGUACGUAUGCAAAAUGAACGAAACAUUGAAGUUGAUGUUUUUUUCAUCUCCGGUUCCAUAAGAACGUAGACUUAUCAAUCGUUCUUUUAAAAUGAAAAUAGGGUUGAUGAUAAUAGGUAAAAGUGGGUUUACAUGAAUUUCUUUAGUGAGGACUGUGUCGGUCAAAAAUAGUUCUAAGCAGUUUGCCCCUGUUUUGCUAUAAUAUAUAAUGUAUUAGAAAUAGAGACGUUCUGACAAUUUUGCACUUGGCCAUCUCUGCUGGUAGUCCAAUACCCAGCGCUACCCGUCAAUUUUCCCAAAAGGUUAUAAAUUUCAUUACAUCUGUUCGAUCAUUAAAACCAGACGCACUAAACCCUACACAGGGACCGCCUCUACCCACUAGACUGAAACACAAUAGAGGUACAGCCGCAGAACACGUGUUAUCAUAUAGUUUACCACGCUUUCACUCAGUUCAUGAUACGAAGCUUAUUCUGAUUAAGGAAUCACCUUGGCGUUUUAUUUGGGUAUCUAAUAUAGCAUUACUUCUAAAAAUUCAAAGGUAGUUCAACUCUUACGAUGUUUUACAAUCUCUUUGAAGCGCACGAUCAAGUUUCACACAAACUAGUCCUCACGACAAAAAUAAAGAAAGAGACAAUCAAAGCAAAACAAUCUAGAAAAAGGAGUGUUUUUAAUUUUUGAGCUCGCGAUACUCUGCCCUGUUUGAAACACAAACCUUCUACACGGACUGAAAAAUGGUAUAUUAGCUUGCUUUGUCUCUGGAGAAAGAAAGCUCUCAAAUUUUCUCUAAAUUGAACCUGCUUAACACGGACACCCCGUCAGCGUUCUUACUGACGGGACCUGUCCGUACAGUUAAAGGGGAAAAAGAAAAGUUCUCGUCUUGUUAAAGCACGAUAAGUUAGUAAUCUCUACAGACUCUAUCCACAGGCGGCCCAAGCUCAUUUCAUGAACGCGGACGUGACUCUUGCUUGCGAGCGGUGUUGUGUUACAAACGGUUAUUUACAAAGGUUUGUAUGGGAUGCAAACGGUUUUUCUUAAAAGAGAUAAAAAAUGUUAUGUUUUUAAAUAAAAUCGACGUACCUUAUUGCCUUGUUGUAUUCUUUGUUGUUUGCCCGCGUCUCAGGCCGUUUUGAAGCGUUUUCGGCGAGUUAGCGCUAUUUUGGUGUAAGGUACGUCGAUUUUAUUUAAAAACAUAACAUUUUUUAUCUCUUUUAAGAAAAACCGUUUGCAUCCCAUACAAACCUUUGUAAAUAACCGUUUGUAACACAACACCGCUCGCAAGCAAGAGUCACGUCCGCGUUCAUGAAAUGAGCUUGGGCCGCCUGUGCUCUAUCCCAAUCUUCCUUCAUCUUGCUUCUUUAUAAUUUCCUCUAGUCAUUAUGUCGUUAUUGUUUUUUAAUCUCAGUGAAACUUUGCCAGUCAGCCUGGAAACGCCUUUUUAAAAUAAUUUAGUUGAGUACCCCUGACAUGAAGCACUAAUGUACUCCUUAAUGUAAAGUUUUAAAAUCUAUUCCUUUCUUCAGGAUCCAAACCAAGAAAAGGGACUCGCAAACAUAAACUCGACAGAAAUCCACGAAUUCCGUUUUCGUCCACGCAACUAGCCUCCUUGGAAGCCAAGUUUCUUCAAACCCAGUAUCUCUCGGGCUCAGAAGUCCGUGACUUGUCAAACAGCCUCAGAGUUACCGAACACAGAGUAAAGAUUUGGUUUCAGAACAGGAGAGCACGUGAAAAAAAGAACCAAGCAAUGGGCGUGGUCACUUCUGGGCCAACACGGUGUUAAACCGGGACAACAUGUAGAUAAUGAAUGAAGUACAGGAAGAGGCAUGUAAAGACAAAUUUAAUUGCGCACAAGUAAAUGAAGCAUAUUAUCAUGCAUUGUCGAUGCAAGGAUCGUUUUCUGUAAGUUCAUCGUCUGUCUUUUUUUUACUGUCUGUUACCUUGUUUCCGGUUAAAGUGGCUUUCUCAAUUCAAUGGCUAGUUGUGCGGCAUGACUCUUCUACAUAUCUUUGUGCCUCAGUUCUUGUUCCAGCAUCUGUUAUUGACUAAAUCAACAGAAAAACAAGUUGCAUGUAGCAGGCGAAAGUAUGGUCAAAGAGGUUUUAAUUUAACAGUCGGAGACUGUGUCUUGCGAGGGUCAGACAUAAAGACGUUGAUCCCUCAUGACGGAGGUCCUUGUUGUGAGAUGUUUGCGUUUCCCCUUGUAAAUUACUACCCCUGGCUGUUUUUAAAAUACAUGCCAACUGUGAAAUACGCCUUGUGGGGUACAAGAAAGUAAUAUUUUAAUGUUUUCGCAGCUAUUCGAGGUAUUCAGUUGAUAGGUUCGAAGGUUUAACUAUGCACAACAGCUUACGAAAUCCAUGGUGAAAUAUUCAAUGUUUUAAUAUAACAAAUUCGUGACAGCAGAUAAGGAAGGUAUAAAAAUGUAUAUCAAUAAUAAAUAGGUAGUAAACUAUUACAGAUAAUAUUAGACUGAAGCACUUGUAACCGCGUUUGUUGGAGACGUUUUCACAGUUACACCUUAAUUAGCUUGAAUGCCCG